AUGCUGCUAAAUAGAAUAACAACCGGAUGCGCGGCAAUUAUUGCCAUCAGCAUUGGCUUGACUCAUGCCACCGUACUCGAUAUCCCUGGCAUAUUCCCGGCCAUCUCUAACGUGGCCCCAUUCGAGUCCAUCGACACGGCACAGUAUUUCAAAAGAAACCCUGGAGACUUUGUCCAUCCCGGGAUUUGGCAUACACACGAGGACCUCGAGCGCAUGCGGGACAAUGUGCUUCGUAACGAAGACCCCUGGGCAUCGGCGUACCAACGCUUCCGCGCCGACCAGUACUCUCUUGCCAAUUACACGAUGGAGGGACCCGCCGCUGUGAUUUCCCGGGGUAAAAUCAGUAACUACUCCUCGUUUGCGCAUGACGCGCGAGCCGCAUGGCAGAACGCCCUGAUGUGGUAUAUCACCCGGGACCAAACGCAUUGGGGCCGCAGCACCAGCAUCCUGGACGCGUGGGGGUCGAAUCUGACGGAUAUUGUCGGUAUUGACCGGUCGCUGCUGAUUGGACUGGACGGGGACCUGUUUGUCAACGCAGCUGAGAUCAUGCGAUGGGAAGGGAAUUGGACGGAGUCCGGUAGUAGAUGGCAGGGGGGCAAUGGGUUCAGCAAUCAGCUGUACUGGCUGUUCUCCCGACAGUCCGUCGCCAUUGGGCAGGCGAACUACGGAAUGGCCAGCAUUAAGGCCUUGAUGAGCUUCGCGGUGUAUCUGGACGAUGUACAAUUGUAUAAUUAUGCCGUUCAUGCGUUCAUCCAUGAUCGUUGCGCCGGGUUAUUGGCCAUGUAUCAUCCCAAGACGGGGCAGUCGGUGGAAGCGGGGCGUGAUCAAGGCCACACCAUGUCGGGCAUCGGGUGGACGGCGUAUGGCGCUCGUGUUGGGCGAAGCCAAGGCAGCGAUCUUUAUAGUCUCGGGGGUGGCUUGUUACUCCGAGCGGCCGAGUACGCCGCGACGUAUAAUCUAAACCACACCGUCUUUUAUGACCCCCAGUGGUACCGGUGUGAAGCAGUGCUGGUCAAUGGCCCGUGGCAGAACAUAUCCGAGGCCAAUCGUGGAGUCACCAGCAAGAACCCCAUGUGGGACAUUCUAUUUUAUGAAUACGUGGUGACGCGGGGAAAUGACGGGCCCUGGACCACAGCCGCAAAGGAGGCCCAGGGGUUCGCCGGUGGAGUUUCCUCCAACGACCACCCCAGCUGGGGAGAUCUGAUCUGGGCGCGGUAA